GCUGUUGUAUGUCAGAUAUACAUAUCUAUUUUUCCUCUGUCCAUCCUUGGAAGUAAAUCAAAGGUUGUGAACUCUUGCUCAGUUAUUUUGGGGUUAGUCAGACACCAGCUGGACCACUUCCAAACUGGUUCUUUGCCUUAGGGAGUGGGGGAAAAUUGGGCCUCCUCCUCCAAGCGCUUGUCUCCCUUUGGAGUUCCCGUAGAUACACACCCUAAACUGGAGAUUAUUGGACUCUUUAAAAGAGAGAAGCAAGCAUUUCACCAGAGGCAAAGAUGAAAAUGUUACCUGCUGGCAAGUGCCGGUUGCUCUUCGGAGCAUUGCUGUGUGCCAAGUUAGGUGCUGGAUCGACAACAGUGACCAAAGGUGAAAGAAAUGCCCACCCAGAAGUGAUUACUGCACAAGGGCGCCUUCAGGGCAAGGUUGUCAGUGUGAACGGUACCGACCAGCCUGUAAAUGUCUUUCUGGGAAUCCCUUUUGCAAAGCCACCCAUUGGAUCCCUUAGAUUUGCUCCUCCACAAGCACCCGAGCCCUGGAGUCGCGUCAGAAACGCGACAUCUUUCUCGCCAAUGUGUCUGCCAGAUUUUGGGUUGAUGAAUAUGUUACAGAAUGUGAUGAAUGCAACAUUACUUGAGUCGACCAUGUCCGAAGAUUGUCUCUACCUGAAUAUUUUCACCCCAGACACAAAAGCCAAGUUGCCUGAGAUGUGAGGAGGGAGGAAUGCUGUGUGGCUGCACCUCCAGAGGACGCCAUUUGAGGUAAUGGUCUGGAUCCACGGAGGAGCACUGGUGAUGGGAGGAGCUCCUAUAUAUGAUGGAUCUAUACUGUCUGCUUAUGAAGACGUGGUAGUUGUAACAAUUCAAUACAGGCUGGGCCUCCUCGGAUUCUUUAGUACUGGAUCUGUAGAAGCUCGUGGAAACUGGGGCUUAUUGGAUCAAAUCGCAGCUCUCCAGUGGGUUCAGGAAAACAUCAAGCAAUUUGGAGGAGAUCCCCAGUCUGUGACCAUAUUCGGCGAGUCUGCAGGAGGAUUUAGCGUUCAUGCUCAGAUAUUAUCUCCAUUAUCCAAAGAUUUGUUUCAGAGAGCCAUCUCAGAAAGUGGAGUUGUUCUGACUCCAGGCUUGUUGACUUCCCACCCAGAAGUCCUUGUGAAAGAAAUUGCAAAUGUCUCCGGCUGUGGGACAAGCAGUGCGGAAAUGGUGCGUUGCUUGAGAAGCAAAACAGAGCAAGAACUAAGAUCCUUGUUGAAGGAAAUUAGAAGCAUGAAUGCAGUUGUGGACGGCAAGUUCUUUCCAAAGGCACCCGAAGAGCUUCUGGCUGCAAAGGAGUUCAAGGCUGUCCCGUACCUACUAGGCAUGAAUAACGAUGAAUUCGGUUGGAUCGUGUCUAGUAUGGUGCAUUCCCUAGAUAUAAAAGAUGGUAUAGAUCGGGAGAACAUCACGGCAGCAUUCCAGGCUGUAGCCUCUGUGUUGGGGCUCUCAGCUGAAUCUGUGCCGAAGGCAUUGGAUGAGUAUCUGGGAGACACGGAAGACCACAUUCAAUUACGAGACCGCUUCCGAGAUCUGAUGGGAGACGUCUUCUUUGUCAUUCCUGCUAUUCAAACAGCUAGAAGCCAUAGAGAUUCUGGUGCUCCUGUCUACUUUUAUGAAUUCCAGCACCGGCCCAAAAUGUACAAAGAUAUAAAGCCAGAUUUUGUGAAGGCAGACCACGGCGAUGAACUUGGCUUUGUUUUCGGAUGGCCAUUAAUAAAAGGUGAUGUUGCAGAGGAUGAGAAGAAGCUCAGCAAGACAGUCAUGAAAUACUGGGCCAACUUUGCUCGCACAGGAAAUCCAAACGGUGAAGGUUUGGUGGAGUGGCCACGCUAUGACCUGAAUGAAGAAUAUCUGGAGCUGAACCUGCAGCAACGGAAAGCAGAGAAACUGAGAAAGAACCGGGUUGAUUUCUGGGUGGAGAUUUUGCAGGACAAAACAAAGAAAACCACAAAUGAAAAGGAAACAAGUGCAGAUCUCUAGCUGGCAAUGUGAUUUGCUGGUUUGCUAUUGUCUUGAGACAUCAAAUACUUAAAUGAUAACUGAAAACUGAAUUUGUCAAAGCGUGCCUUAGCCCUGAAGGCAGGGAAAUAAUCAGAGGCUUUGACUGCUAUCAGCCAGUCUUUAUCAACCAGAAAUUUUGUGUGAUUCUGACCAGCAUUUAGGAAGUGCUGUCAAGGAUUUCAGCUACUAGGUGGAGGUUACUAAUGAAUGCUGUUGGUGAAUUUUAAGAACUGAAAUCAGGGCUGCAAUAUUUUACUCUUCUUAGGAUUGCACUGUUAAAUCAAUGAAUGGAGAUGGUUUUGCAAGGGUGCCUGGGAUGAAACAAGCAGCUUAGAGUUUUUAAAGUUGUUUUAAACAGGAAUGGUAGCAGAUACUUGCUCAAACAGAAAAGACAGAUUUUAGGAAUUUUAGUUCGCAACUUUUUCCACCUCCAAAAAUUAGGCAUGUGGGGACCCAAUUCAGAGGGGAAAGAGUUUAAAUGUUUCUCUUCAUACCGUUUCUUCAAUCUGAAGCAUCCCUGGGGACCUGUUAUUUGCCUUUUUGGGGAAACAUACAAUCUUACAUGUGCAGAUCGUCUAAAAACGCAGUUUCCCCCCUGCAGAGGUGUUAUUUGUCUUCAUUUGUAAGUGCUUGCAGAUUUGA